AUGCAAUGCGAGCAGCUACGAGACUCGGCGGCGGAAAACAUCACGGCCUGGAUCGGACUUGCGUUGAGCACCUACGGAGUGUUUGAUCGGUCGAGGACAUUGGCAUCGCCGUACCAUCCGCACGCCGACAGCUGUGCCUCAGGCAGGCAACGCCUCGAAUACGACGCCUCGAAGACGACGCCUCGAAGACGACGCCUACGACGACGACGACUCCUCCGACAGCGGCGGAACAUCUGGGAGCGCCACAUUCCGCAUCGUCACGCCAGCAGUUUCGAGAACGUGACCGCCGAGCACGCCUUCUUCACUCACGGCGGCCGAUACCAUCUGUCGCACCUGCAAAGUCGAAGCGAGCACGCCGCUGCCACCGACGACGACGAAAAUCCGCCGCCCGCCAGCCCCUCCGCCAUGGAGGCUGACGGCUCCCGCGCCGCCCACGGCUCGCCCUCGCCUGCGCCCUCCGCCGAUUCGGGGGACCAGGGCAAGAAACGGCCGGCGGCGGCGGGCAAGGAGAUUUCCGACGUGCCGCAGAAGAUGGCGAAGCGACGUGCCGCCCGCGCCUGCGUGUCCUGUCGCGCACGCAAGGUACGCUGCGACGUGGUCGAGGGUGCGCCCUGCGGAAACUGUCGGUGGGACAAUGUCGAGGUGAGUGAGAGUGAGCCCGUCGGUGAUGCGGUGCCUCCUGCGCGUGCGUGCGAGGGCGAGGAGGCGGAGGGUGCCACGGCUGGCCGCACGAGCAAGCGUCGUGUGUGGUCCAGGAGAGCCGUCGGCGAAAGUGAGUGCUUGCUCCGUACUGGGGGAGGAAAAUUGUCCCGCCUCCCCGUCGUCCGUCAUCCGUUUACCCGCCGGCCGGGGGUGCUCGCCAGUUCCGGAAUGGCCCUCGGUCCGUUCGCGCGCCACCUGGGCCAAGCGCGAGCCCACAUGGUCACCGGUGCACCGGGCAUGGGGUUCUGGAGCGCGCCAAACCCAAAGGAGAGGCGUGUCCAUAAAUCCUCUCGGAAAAUCCUCCCCACUGGCCAAUCCUUCCCUCCCUCCCCCCUCGUCCGCUCCUCGAGGGCGGCAACCCUGGGGCAGAAUCCAACGGCAAGCUCGCGGGCGCUGACUCGGAAUCCGUCGUCUAGAAAGAAUCUCGUCACGGCGGUAAAUACCGCCCCGGCGCCCCCCGGAGCCAGCGGGGCGGCGGCGGAGGCCCACCGCCAUCAUCAGGGCCAGGGCCAGGGCCAGGGUCUCCUCCACGCGGACCUGAGCCAGUGCCAGCAUCAACGCCAACGCCAACAGCAACAACUACAGCAGCAACUACAGCAGCAGUUACAGCAGCAGUUACAGCAGCAGCAGCAGCAGCAACAACAACAACAACAACAUCAACAUCAACAUCUUCAUCAACAACAACAACAACAGCAACUGCGAUGCAAAUCCACCGACACGGCGACGGCCUCGACAACUCCUCUUGCCGCCGUGCACGUCCACCUCGGCGAUGUAACGACGGCGGCGAGUCGUGCCGGCAACGCAAACGGCACCGUGGAUGCGCACGUCCCGCACUUGAUCUAUCAGCGCUCUGCCGCAUACCGCAACGACGCCGGCCUGCUCAAUCGGGUCUCGCCCUCCGAGAGCGUGCCCGCAACAUCACCUGCGUCGGCCCCUGCGCCUUCGACGACGAGCCCAGGUACGCAUUCUUCGCCGACGACGACGACGACGUCGAGCGUCCUGCCCGCUCCGCAGCUGCCGUGGAACCCCAGCCUCGCCGGACACGCCGACCUCUUCGGCACCGGCCGCACCGCCCAGUUCCUCCACUCGCUCGAGCUGCCCGAUGCCAGCUCCAGCCUGCCACCCUUUGUGCGGCCCCUGCCCUCUAAGAUCGCGGCCGAGGACGUUCAGUACCUGCACAUCAAGGGCGCCCUGGCUCUGCCGGCCAUCCCGCUCCAGAAUGCCUUGCUGCAGGCCUACGUCGAAUACGUCCACCCCUACAUGCCGCUCAUCGACCUCCAUGAUUUUCUCCACGUCGUCGGUCGUCACGAUGGCCUCCACGGCCAGACGAGCCUGUUCCUCUACCAGGCUGUCAUGUUCGCCGCCACCGCCUUCGUCGACAUGAAGCACCUGCGCGAUGCCGGAUACUCGACGCGCAAGGGGGCCAGGAAGGCCUUUUUCCAAAAGACCAGGCUCCUCUACGACUUCGACUACGAAUCGGACCGUCUCGUCCUCGUCCAGGGCCUCAUGCUCAUGACGUAUUGGUACGAGACGCCCGACGACCAAAAGGAUACCUGGCACUGGAUGGGCGUCGCCAUCUCGCUCGCCCACACCAUCGGCCUCCACCGGAACCCCGAGCUGACGAGCAUGCCGCCGCCGAAGCAGCGGCUGUGGAAGCGCAUCUGGUGGUCGUGCUUCAUGCGAGACCGUCUCAUCGCCCUCGGCAUGCGUCGUCCGACGCGCAUCAAGGACGAGGACUUUGACGUGCCCAUGCUCGUCGAGGCCGACUUCGAGAUCCGCCUCCUCGCCGAGUCCAGCACCGUCAUGCCGCCCGAGUGCCGCCUCGUGCGCGACCUCGCCAUGCAGCGCGACCUCGCCGCCAUGUGCAUCGCCAAGGCCAAGCUCUGCCUCUGCAUCAGCCGCAUGCUCCGGCUCCAGUACUCGGUCCUCCUCCGGGACAAGAGCAAGACCGAGACCGCGACCGGCGGCGGCGCCGUGCUCUUCCCCGACGGGCUGCCCGACGACGUCGAAGGCGUCGCCGCCGUCGACCUCGAGCUCACCGCCUGGGCCGAGUCCCUCCCCGCGUGCUGCGCCGACCGGCCCCUGACGCCGCUGGACGUCGACGACGGCCGCUCGACCGUCGCGGUCCAGAGGACGCUGCUGCACAUGGUCUACCACACGACCGUGUCGGCCCUGCACCGGCCCCAGUUCCUGCCCUCGUCGCCGACGCAGCCGCCGACGACGUCGCGCGAGGCGCAGGAGGUCUCCCGCCUGCGCGUGCGCGACGCCGCCGCCCGCAUCACCCGCCUCGCCACCCAGCUGCACCAGCUCCGGCUCGAGCGAUACCUGCCGACGACGGGCGUCACCGUCAUCCUGCCGGCCAUGAUCAUCCACCUGCUCGAGAUGAAGAGCCCGACGGCCCAGGUGCGCGAGCGCGCCGGCCGCGGCUUCCGCCAGUGCAUGCGCGUCAUGGAGAAGCUGCGCGACAUGUACGCCGCCGCCGACUACGCCACCGGCUUCCUCGACGCCGCCCUGCGCAAGGCGGCCAUCGACGUCGACGGCAAGAUGUCGCCGUCGACGCUCGCCAUGAUGACGCACGUGGCCGUCGGCCCCGGCGCCCACACGCCGCCGCCCGAGAACCUGCCCUACAUGACGACGGCCGAGUCGCUGUUCCAGGAGAAGCGGAGCCAGCCGCCGGUCCGGACGAUGCUGCCGCCCAACACCAUCAACGCCGCCGCCCUCGACCUGUCGGCCAACUCGCCGCCCCAGACCGACUUUGACUCGGCCGGCAUGACGCCCGGCGCCAGCGUCGGGUCGGACGAGAUGGCCUUUGACGCCGAGGCCGCCGACCUCGACUUUGCCCAAGCUCACGAGGGCCUCGACUGGAACGCCGUCGCGGGCACCGACUUUGACGUCGACCAGUGGCUGCAGUUUCCCGCCGACGGAGUCAACGACGAGGACGAGGACGACGCCGACGCCGCCGAGGGUGACAAGGAGGGCGACAAGGACGACCAAGCAAAGGCAACGGAGGCGCAGCCGUCGCACCUCAUCGCGCUCGACAAGGACGGCGACGGCGACGUGACGAUCGAGGCCGCCCCUCUGGUCGACGCAGGCCACGCCAAAGUGCUGGCGCAGGCAGCAUGA